AUGGCACGGGUAAGGAGGAGGCUGGAGAAGCUGAAGCUGAGUACAUUGUACAGCUUCGCGCUCUGCGCCAAGGGCUCCACCGAAGAUCACUCCAAGAUCGGCACGACGGGGUUCUCCCGAGUCGUCUACGUCAAUGAUCCAGACAGGCAUGAAGAGGAGGGCUUCAGAUACCCAAGAAAUGAGGUGUCCACUACCAAGUACUCGUUGGUCACCUUCGUGCCCAAGUCCCUCUUUGAGCAGUUCCGGAGGGUGGCCAACUUCUACUUCCUCGUCUCGGGGAUCCUCACGCUGACCCCGCUCGCGCCCUACUCAGCGGUAAGCGCGCUACUGCCAUUGUCGGUCGUGAUUACGGCCACCAUGCUGAAAGAAGGGGUUGAGGAUUGGAGGAGGAAACAACAGGACAUUGAGCUCAACAAUCGAAUAGUAAAAGUACAUAGAGGGAAUGGCAGUUUUGAAGAGACAAAAUGGAAGUAUAUCAAAAUUGGAGAUGUGAUAAAGGUGGAGAAGGAUAAUUUCUUUCCUGCUGACUUGAUUCUACUUUCAUCUAACUAUCCGGAUGGGAUCUGCUAUGUAGAGACUAUGAACCUUGAUGGUGAAACAAAUUUGAAAAUUAAACAAGCUCUUGAGGUGACAUCGGAUUUACAAGAGGAUGGUGAUUUCACAAACCUUAGACAAAUAGUCAAAUGCGAAGAUCCGAAUGCGAAUCUUUAUUCUUUUGUUGGUACUAUGGAUUAUAAAGGCAUGCAGCAUCCUCUGUCACCCCAACAACUCCUUCUUCGGGACUCAAAGCUGCGGAACACUGAUUACAUAUAUGGGGCUGUCAUCUUCACAGGUCAUGAUACAAAAGUGAUGCAAAAUGCAACUGAGCCGCCAUCUAAAAGAAGCAAGAUUGAGAAGAAAAUGGAUAACAUCAUUUACCUGCUGCUGUGUUCUUUACUUGGAAUUGCUUUACUUGGUUCAGUCUUUUUUGGUAUAUGGACAAAAGCUGAUUUAAGGAAUGGUGAGACAAAACGGUGGUAUCUUCGCCCAGAUGAUUCGACCGUCUUCUAUGACCCGAAACGAGCACCUCUGGCAUCCUUUUGUCAUCUGUUGACAGCCUUAAUGUUGUACAACUACUUUAUCCCAAUUUCUUUGUACAUAUCCAUUGAGAUGGUCAAGAUCUUACAGGCUGUAUUCAUCAACCAGGACAUUGACAUGUAUGAUGAAGAAUCAGAUAAGCCAACUCAUGCUCGAACCUCAAAUCUAAACGAAGAACUAGGUCAAGUUGACACAAUUCUCUCUGAUAAGACUGGAACCUUGACCUGCAACAUGAUGGAGUUUAUCAAGUGUUCAAUUGCUGGCACUGCAUAUGGUCAGUCUGUCACAGAAGUUGAGAAAGCUAUGGCCCUGAGGAAAGGGGUGCCGCUAGGUGACGAGAUAGAAGCUGGAGGGCACAAGGAGAAACAAAUCGAGGAGAGUCCUCAUGUCAAAGGUUUUAAUUUGAAGGAUCCACGUAUAAUGGAUGGAAAUUGGAUACAUGAACCUAAUAAAGAUGUCAUCAGGGAUUUUUUCCGUCUGCUAGCCAUCUGCCAUACAUGCAUACCUGAAGUAGAUGAAACUGAUAAAGUUUCAUACGAAGCUGAGUCCCCUGAUGAAGCUGCAUUUGUUAUCGCAGCAAGAGAAUUAGGGUUUGAGUUUUACAAGAGGACACAGACAAGUAUAUUUAUUCGUGAACGCGAUCCUAGCCAGAAUGUUGCAGAUUAUCAGUAUAGAAAAUAUGAGCUCCUAAAUGUCUUGGAAUUCAGUAGCUCACGAAGACGGAUGUCUGUAAUAGUGAAGGAACCAGAGCCAGAGGGGAGGAUAUUACUGUUUAGCAAGGGCGCUGAUAGUGUGAUGUUCACAAGGCUUGCACCAGAUGGAAGAAAAUUUGAGGAAGAGACUAAAAGGCACAUAAAUGAGUAUUCUGAUUCUGGUCUACGAACGUUGGUACUUGCAUACCGCGUCUUGGAUGAGAAAGAGUACGAGAACUUCGCUGAAAAAUUCAGGACUGCCAAAAUAUCUGGAAGUGCUGACAGAGAUGAACAAAUUGGGGAGGCUGCUGAUAGCAUUGAGCGGGACUUGAUUCUUCUUGGUGCUACUGCUGUUGAAGACAAGCUCCAGAAAGGGGUACCAGAAUGCAUUGACAAGCUUGCACAAGCAGGAAUUAAGAUAUGGGUGUUGACGGGUGACAAAAUGGAGACAGCUAUCAAUAUUGGCUUUGCAUGUAGCCUACUUAGACAAGGAAUGACACAGAUAAUCAUCGCCCUGGAAGCACCUGACAUCAUUGCAUUGGAGAAAAACGGAGACAAAGAUUCCAUUGCCAAGGCAUCAAAGCAAAGUGUUAUGGGUCAGAUAGAGGAUGGAAUAAAACAAGUCCCAACCUUGGGUCAGUCCAGCACGGAAUCUUUUGCGCUGAUAAUUGAUGGUAAAUCAUUAACUUAUGCUUUGGAAGAUGAUGUCAAGUUUAAGUUCUUGGAUCUUGCUGUCAAGUGCGCAUCAGUCAUAUGUUGUCGAUCUUCACCGAAGCAGAAGGCAUUGGUUACAAGGCUUGUUAAACAUUCAGAUAAAGUUACCUUAGCAAUUGGUGAUGGGGCAAAUGAUGUUGGCAUGCUUCAGGAAGCUGACAUAGGGGUUGGAAUUAGUGGUGUUGAAGGGAUGCAGGCUGUCAUGGCAAGUGAUAUUGCCAUCGCCCAGUUCCGCUUCCUGGAGCGGUUGCUUUUGGUGCAUGGACAUUGGUGUUACCGACGUAUUUCAGUGAUGAUAUGCUAUUUCUUCUACAAGAAUGUGACUUUUGGAGUCACCAUCUUUCUGUAUGAAGCGUUUGCAUCCUUUUCAGGGAAGCCAGCUUAUAAUGAUUGGUUCUUGUCACUGUAUAAUGUAUUUUUCACCUCCCUACCUGUCAUUGCGUUGGGCGUAUUUGAUCAGGAUGUUUCUUCCCGUCUGUGUUUACAGUAUCCGGAGCUAUACCAAGAAGGUGUGCAGAAUGUAUUAUUCAGCUGGCGUCGGAUACUUGGCUGGAUGUUUAAUGGUGUCGUGAAUGCCAUCUUAAUAUUUUUCUUCUGCACUACCGCCCUGAAGGACCAAGCAUUUCGCCAGGAUGGCCAAGUUGCGGGCUUGGAUGCCCUAGGUGCUACCAUGUACACUUGUGUCGUAUGGGUCGUCAACUGCCAAAUGGCCCUCUCGGUGAACUACUUCACCAUAAUCCAACACAUAUUCAUAUGGGGUAGCAUUGCUGUGUGGUACAUCUUCCUCAUGGUUUAUGGUUCUAUAGACCCGAAGUACUCCAAAACAGCAUACAUGGUCUUCAUUGAACAGUUGGCCCCAGCGCUAUCAUAUUGGUUGGUGACACUUUUCGUGGUGACGGCCACACUCGUCCCAUACUUCUGCUAUGCCGCAGUUCAGAUCCGUUUCUUUCCAAUGUUCCAUAACAAGAUUCAGUGGAAAAGGUACUUGGGGAAGGCCGAAGACCCAGAGGUGGCAAGGCAGCUAUCGUCACGGCACCGAACAUCGUCGCACCCAAGGAUGGUUGGGAUCUCUGCUCGUCGCGACGGCAAGGCCAUGCAAGUUAAAAAGGGAACCGACAUAGAGGUUGAAGGAUGA